AGUAUGAAAAGUUCUACUAGAGGAUCAGGAUCCAACAACAAUAAUGGCGUUCAUCACGGCGAAAAUUUGUAUUCAAAACUGUCCAACUUCUGUGUUUUCUCCGAUCUACAGAAGAAUAUCCACUUCCUACGUAUCGAAAGGACAAUCAAAGAAAAACUUUCGGAAUUUUGGUUACAUUGACCGGGGUACUGAAGAGUUCAACCAACAGCAACGAAAAAAUCCAUCCCCAGACUUCCCUAGUUUUCGAUAUGGCAGAGAACCAGGAUACUGGGAUAAGGAUCACAACCUAGUUGCUGUUCCGGAGAUGAUUCCAGAGAUAAUAGUCCCUGAUCUCACAGAUUUUAAGCUGAAACCAUAUGUGUCAUAUCGAGCACCUGAUACUGAAGAAGCAGCAUUCACCGCUAAGGACUUGUUUCAUGUAGUUUAUGGUAGCAAGAUUGAACGAGAUUUCAAUGAAGGCAGACUCAAUGAAGAUGGCUCUCCUCUUGAGCCAAGUGAAGAAGAACUUUUGACUGCUGAAGAAGCAAGAAAUGCACAUCUGAAGUUGGGGUCUGAUGUAUUUACCGAUGAUGAAAAUAUUGUGAAUGACGAUGAAUGGAUGAAAGAGCAGCCAAAACUAGAAUACAAUUGAUCAUAUAUGAACGAAAAAUCUGUCACAUUUAGUAAAUAAAUUUGUUAUAUUCCAA